CUCCUCCGCCUCGUCCCAAGAUGGCGGCCUCAGCAAAGAAGAAGAACAAGAAGGGCAAGACUCUCACCCUGACGGAUUUCCUGGCUGAGGAUGGUGGCGGCGGCGGGGGCCCAACCUACAUCCCCAAACCCGUCAGCUGGGCCGACGAGACAGAUGACCUGGAAGGGGAUGUUUCCACCACCUGGCACAGUAACGACGACGACGUGUACCGGGCCCCUCCGAUCGACCGCUCACUGCUGCCCACCGCGCCCCGCGCCGCCCGGGAGCCCAACAUCGACAGAAGCCGCCUGCCCAAAUCGCCGCCCUACACCGCCUUCCUGGGCAACCUGCCCUACGACGUCACCGAGGAGUCCAUCAAGGACUUCUUCCGAGGACUCAACAUCAGCGCCGUGCGCCUGCCGCGGGAACCCACCAACCCCGAGAGGUUGAAAGGCUUCGGUUACGCCGAGUUUGAAGACAUCGACUCCUUGUUCCAGGCUCUCAGCCUCAACGAAGAGUCCCUGGGCAACAGGAGGAUACGGGUGGACGUUGCAGACCAAGCUCAGGAUAAAGACCGGGACGAUCGCUGCUUCGGCAGAGACCGGGAUCGCUUCCGGGACUCAGAGAGGUUCGAGAGCGACUGGAGGGCCCGUCCCGCUGCCAGCGAGAGCUUUGAUGAUUACCCACCCCGCCGGGGCGACGACGGCUUCGGAGACAGGUACCGGGAUCGCUAUGACGACCGGUACCGCGACGGCCCGCGGAGGGACAUGGACCGUGGCUUCGGCAGCCGCGACCGCUACGACGACCGCAGCCGAGACUACGACCGAGGCUAUGACUCCCGGCUGGGCAGCGGCAGGAGGGCGUUUGGCAGCGGCUAUCGCCGGGAUGAUGAUUACCGGGGCGGCAGCGACCGCUACGAGGAUCGCUACGAGCGGCGGGACGACCGCCUGGACCGCUGGAACUCCCGCGACGACUAUGGCCGGGAUGAUUUCCGCCGUGAGGACAGAGGUCCCACUCAGAGGCCGAAGCUGAACCUGAAGCCCCGGAGUGCGCCCAAGGAGGAGGAGGCCACGGUGACCCCCGCGCCACAGUCCAGCCGGGCCGCCUCCAUCUUUGGUGAGGCCAAACCCGUGGACACGGCUGCCCGGGAGCGGGAGGUGGAGGAGAGGCUGCAGAAGGAGCAGGAGAAGCUGCAGCGUCAGCUGGAGGAUGACAAGAGGAUAGAGAGACGGCCCCGAGAGAGGCAUCCGAGCUGGCGCAGCGAGGAGAACCAGGAGCGGUCCCGGACAGGCAGCGAGUCCUCGCAGACCGGCACCUCGGGGCCCCCUGGAACCUCCGUGGGAACUGGCCCCACAGGCAGGACAGCCACGCGGCGGCGGGAGAGUGAGAAGUCCCUGGAGAACGAGCCGGUGCCCAAGGACGACGAUGUGCCGGCAUCGCCGCCGCGGCCCCGCGACGAGAAACAGGCGCCCAAGGUGGUUCCGGCACCGCCGCCCAAGGAGAACGCCUGGGCCAAGCGCAGCAGCCUCCCCCCUGCCCGCAGCGAGCCCGAGCAGCACUCCCCUCCCAGCAGCACCCCCUCGGCUCCCAGCCCCCCCCUGGAAGACGGGGCCCCCCCGAAGAACACCCCCCGCAGAGGAGAGGAGAACAAGCCCGAGGGCAGCUCCAAGGGCCGCAGCGGGAGCAACGGCCGCGGCCCCCCUGAGUCGGAGAGGAAGGAGAGCAGGAAGGAGCCGGAUACCCGCGCUGCCUCUGAGCCAAAGAGACUGGAGGAGAACCCCCCCUCCUUCAGCCACGCCAGCAAGUACGCGGCACUGGCGAUGGAUGGUGAGGAUGAGGGGGAUGAUGAAGAAGGAGCCGAGUAGCCCCCACCCUUGCACCGUGGGCACCGCGCUGCGUCCCCCUCCCCCCCCGGCAGCCUUCAGGGGGGGCUGAUUGUGGAGAAUUACAACCCAAACUCUACAGCUGAGAGAAAUAAACCUUCCCCAGCCCCCCCCACCCCAGCCCCGGCCCCUCUCAGGCAGGGCAAAAGACCCGUGUGCCUGGGGGGGGCACGGCCAUGGGACAGGGUGGAGCCUUCCUCCUCCUCCCACACCUCCCUCCCAGCUCGAGGGCUGGGCUGGGUCUCCAGGGGGAGGGAUGCUGGUCCGUGCACACCCCACCCCCCUCCCGGGGCACCUUCCUCCCUCUCCAUCCCCCACAGCUGCUCCCCACUGUCCCCUGCCCUCCCCCGGGCCCUAAGGCCGAGUUCUUUAGGGCUUGUGGCAGUGAAGGCUUAAAAUCCUAACACCUCCCCCGCACACUUUGUGGGGAGAGGAGGAGGAAAGGACCCCUCCCCUGCAUCUCCCGGUGAGGUUUGUGGGGGGGGAAUGGCUGCAGAUGGCCCCGAGGGGUUGGGGAUUUGGGGGAGGGGCCACAGGAGCUCCCUCAGCCAGUGCCCCCCCUCAGGCUCGGGAGGGUUUUGAUUUCCUCCAAUAAAACUGAUGUUGAAAAGA